GGCAAUAUAAUUAACGGUGAAAAGAAUGUGAAAAGUAGCGAAACGUAACGCCGCGAAAGCCAAGAGCAGCAACAACAACAACAACAACAACAGCAUCAGCAAGCAACAAGAAAAAGCUAACCGAAACAGAAGUAGCAAUAAACAAAACACACAGAAGAAAGAAGAAAUGAAGCGCACUGGCACGCGAAUGCGAAUGCGAAUGUAAAGAAAGGGGCGCCACAUACCCCAAUAGAAGAAGGUUUCUACGCGCCUCACAUUGGUGGCUCUCUUUCAGUUACCAAACUCACGUCUAUCCCAACAGUUGCUCCAAGUCCAAGUCUUACACAAGAAGCAAGUAAACGGAAAAUGUAAAAGAAAAGGGAAGUGCAUUACAUUAGAUAGAGAAAUAGCAGAAAGCAAUUACAAAAUAGUGUCAAAAAGGAAAUUGUUUCUCCAGUGGAAAUCACGAGCCAACCAAAAACAUGUGUGUUAUAAUCGAAAGAAAGUGUAUUCAACGGAUUUUAUACUGGCUCUGCGCAGUGCACAUGAUCAUCGAUCUCGAUCUUGUAGCGGCACUAACUGUGGAUAAUCAGCUGGUAUCAGCCCGCAAUGACUGCUUCGAACGAAUCGCUUUGGAGGCAAUGCUGCCAUUUGAGAAGACCUUCCGCACCGAAGACACCAACUCAUUGAAAAUGUGCAAGGAGAAGUGCCUGCAGGCGGGCGAGAAGUGUCAGUCCAUCUCUUUUGGUGUGCAUCGACGCGGAAACGGCACAUGUCAGUUGUCGUCGGAGCAGUAUGGCAAUGGCAACGGCAACGGAGGCAGUAGUGGGCGGCCUGGUGGCGUUAUUUUCGAUCCCGACUUUGAUUUGUACACGCGCAAAACGAAUUGCUUUGAUUUGAGCGACAAUUCGAUUGCCCAUCCCGAUCCGGGACCGAGUCCAAUUAGUCCGGGACCAACGCCAGUGAACCUACCCAAUCGACCGCUAGAUGUCGGCAACACCCCAGUCUUGGUGGUGAAUCCCACUCCACACACCGCCGGCUCACUGCCCCCACCUCCGCCGCCGCCAGCUUCACCGGGCAGCGUGGGCGAUCGUUUGUAUUUCUCGCACGACAUCUACCCACUCUACAAAUACCCCAUGCUCUAUGAGCCCAACUAUCCGGCUCCCAAUGAGGAUGUCUACAUACCAGGCGGCUAUGCGGCCAAUGCCCCGGAGGUGGAAGAUCGCUACAGACCCCAAUUUGCUCCUCUGGAUGAUGAUAGUGUCAGGCCAACACCACACAGUCCUCCCCGACCCAUAUUCGGUUUGGGCUAUGGCAAUGGUUACAGCUAUGGCACCCCGGAAAGAUAUACGCCACCCACUACCAUGCGUCCGGCGGAUGAGAGACCUAGCUAUGCAUCGCCCAGACCACCGCUGCCACGUCCUAUCAAUGAUUAUCCUCCGUCAGCCCGUCCAACCAAUGAUUAUCCCCCGCCCAGGCCCUAUGACAGCUCGACACCUACGUCGUAUGGACCAAGACCUAGUCCCAGCUAUGAACCCAGGCCGGACUAUAUCAAUCGACCCGAUCCUCCUCAGCACGGUGACGGGUAUGGCAUGGCACGCCCUCUGCCUCAGAUGCCGCCCCGUGACGAUUAUGUGCGUCGCAAUGGCAGCGAGAUGCGACCAGGCGAUGGCUAUGACGAUGACAAAUCCAUAGCCACAUAUUUCAAUCCUGAUGAUUAUAUGCAAGGCAACAGAAAGCGUCCUAGCGAUCGGGAUCGUGAUCGUUUGGGUUAUCCAAUGGAAGAAAUGAAAGCGUGCUUUCGUCGAGUUUUGGCCGGCAAGCGCAUAGCUCCCCAAUGGGUACGUCGCUCCAUCUCCUGUGAACGGGUGGAGGAAUGUAUGAGGGAGUGCGGUCAUGAGAAGCGUUUCAUGUGCGAGGGCUUCAACUAUCGGCUGGAUCCCUCAGGGCAUGGUCAAGGCGAUUGUGAACUAAUCGAGAUCCCAUUGUCGCAAAUGGAUCUGUAUUCGAGUCCUAAUCGUAGAGAUACAAAUUUGUUGAGGCACCCAGAUUACGAUUACUACGAAAGAGAUCGCAAUGCCCCAAGCAGUUGCCGCCGAAAUGCGUGUCAGGAUUGCUCAAAAGGCCCACUAAGUAGCCCACCGAUAUACUUUAAGCCGAGCAAUGGUCCAGGGCCGAGUUCCAGUGGUUACAACGACAGAGAUCACAAUCGAGAGCGAGAUCGAUAUCGUCCGUCCAUCAGCACAGCUGUGGAUCAUUAUCGUGGUCCAUCUGGUCUUCCUCCUCACCCACCGCCGAGUGGAUCUUACGAGCAUCGACCUUUCUCCUCUCACAGCUCCACGUCGUCUUCAUCUGGGAGCUCUUCUUCCUAUGAGUUCUCCUCGCAUAGUUCAGGAUACUUUGGGCACACACCACCCAGCAGCUAUGGAGAUCACUCUUCUGGCUCUCGCCCGGAUUAUUCAGACCGCUACAGACCAGAUCGGUGGGAAACAUUACCUAGCAGCUCUGGCUAUGAUAGCUCCCCGUCCUAUAGGCCUCCACCUCCAAGGCCCGAAACCGAUCGCAUAGACAAAUAUAGACCACCAUAUAGACCUGGCCCCGACUUCUCACCCUAUCGACCGCCUGAGCCAAGUCGUCCUGUUCAUAACUACUUGGAUCGCGAUGGCCCAGCUCCCCCACCUGGCCCCGGCUCUGGUCUUGGCCCAUACAAGAAUCCAAACAAGUUUGUUCCGUAUUUAAUUGGCGGUGAGGACAACUGGGGUCAUUAUGGCGGCAGUUAUGGUGGCAGCAACAGCAAGCACACCUCUUAUUGGGGCCUCAGUGAGUCGCAAAGACGUAAGGAUCAGCAUGAUUUCAAUUACUUUGAAUUGGGGCCGCCCCGUCGCGAGCCACCACGGGAGUCGAAUUCGGUAUUGAGCUAUCCUGGGUCCGGCUAUGAAGAUGACUAUCCCAGAAGGCGGAAUGACUACAGACAACAAUGGACACGUCGCCCAGGACCGGAUGAGUGCUCGGCCAAGACGAGUGAGGGUUUCCGGUUACACAAGACUGCCGUGAAGCAUGCCUACAACGUUCCCACUCUCACCGAAUGCGAACGUCUGUGCUCCGAUCAACGCCCCAGUUUUAUUUGCCAUACAUUCAGCUAUCGCUAUAAUCAGGCGGGUCGGGAUAACUGCAUGCUCUGCGACAGGCCCAUCAAUAUGUUGGACUAUUAUGUCGACAUAGAGCCGGAUCGUGAUUAUGAUAUCUAUUCGAUGGCAGAUGAUAUGGACGUGUGCAGGUCACCACCUCGUCGUAGCGACGGACCCCAUAGCCCAACCACAACGGCACUUGCUGAUCCCCGAAAUGCACAGUGCUUCUUCCGCGCCAUUGAUGCCACACGGUUCUUUAAGUCGAUUGUAAGGGACUCCCUAACUGUUCGCAACGUUGGCGAGUGUGAAAUGGAGUGCAUCCGCUCCACGAAGUUCACAUGUCGCGCAUUCGCCUUUCGGUACGGUCAACAACGUCAUGCUGGCAUCAUUGACAAUUGCCAGCUAAGCGAUUGGCCUGUCAGAGAUAUGGAUAAGGAGCGUCACUUGAUUCUAGAUGCUGCCUUUGACAUCUUUGAACGCGCCAGCUAUGGACAUGGCUGUGAAAUUCAACCCAUUGUCGACGAGAAGCACAAAAAGUUGUGCUAUCUGGGCUAUGGUUCCCCAGCCAGGUUACUGCCUCAGGCCAUUAAAAAGGUCAUAUCCGUGCCCUCGGAGAUGGCGUGUAAAAAAGAAUGUAUUCGUUUCAGGGAGACCACCCCGUUCAAGUGUUAUGCCUUCAGCUAUGGAUCCCAUGCCAGCUCAUUCAACUGCGAACUCUCGGAUCUGGAUCAAACCGAACUCAAACAGGAUGUCCAUUACACGCACACUAAGGAGCGUGAUUUCUGGCUCUUUGCCUGGAAUCCUUUCGAUUGGACUUGUCGCGAUAAAGUCAACACAAUUGGCGGAUCGCGCGUAAACAACGAUCGCCGCAUGGACAUAUUCCGGGAACCUGGCGACGUAGCCUGGCGCCAUUAUUCAGUAUCCGGAAAGCCAUGUAGGCGCAGCAGUCCCUGCGAGAAGAAUCUAAUAACCGGCUUCUACUCCUGCGAGACGGACGGCUCUGAAGUGGGGUCCUGGGACUACUGCUGUAAGGCAGAUCACCCCUGUGGCUACAGUCGAGGCUUCGAUUACCCCUGGUGCUUCGUGGGAGACGAGCCCGAUCAGUGGCGCAAGUGCAGUGAUCGGUACUAUCCCGAUAAGAAUAGCACCGUGUCCUCCACCCAUUCUCACUUCAGCAAAGAGAAGCGCCCGCAUCAGCCGGCCACGGCAGCCAGCAGUGAAUACAGCCAGCAUCCACCUCGACCCGGUGGUCUGCAGAGUCUGAGUGACUUUGCCGCCGCUCGCCUUUGGCCCGUCACAUAUCUGUAUAGCGAGGGCCCGCCAAAUGCCACGGAAUUUAGUAAUUUCGUCGAUUGCAAUAAGGAAUCGUGUUAGCAUUUACGUCGCACCCCCAAAAAGUACCCAUCUAUCCAUCCCCUCUCACUUACAAUUAGAGUUUUAAGAAUGUAUGUAGCCCAGGCGAAGAACAAAAGCGAGCAAUGUUCCGUUCCCAGCGUGAUUAUCAAUGAGAUUGUCAUCGUCGUUGUAAAAUUAAAAUACAAAUUUAAUUAACUUAUUAAUUAUUAACUUUCCAGGCACUUUAAUUUUAAUAGCAGCUUCCAGUUUGCGUGCAGGCGAUCAAUCUUUUUUACACUGACAUAUAUCAUAAAAAAAUACCUUUAAGUUG